AUGUCACAAAAACAACCCUGAGCUCAAUAAUGUCGAACAAAACCAGAUAAUCAAAGUUCAUUUAUAAACAAAUCAACUUUCUAACACCUUGAAGUUCUUGAGAGUUGAAAGAAGAGAUUAACAAAACUAAUCAUGUCUGGAUUAUCAUUAGCGGUAGGUCCAAGAACAGAUCCAACAAAAGAUGAAGUUUUAGCAGCACCACCAUCUUCAACUAAAUAUAAAGCAUCAAUGGCACCACCACAAAACCAACAACAAGCAGUUGUAGGUGGAGUAAUGGGAUCGUUAAGAGUAAUAGAAUUACAAUUGGUAGCAUUCAUACUGGUCUUCUCAGCAAGUGGAUUAGUCCCACUGAUAGAUCUUAUUUUCCCUGCUUUCGCAUCAGCAUAUCUGUUGCUCUUAUCACGUCUAGCAUUUCCUUCUCAUGGAAAUAACAAUACAGGGGCAUUUUCAGGAUCAUCAUCAAGAGAAAUCUUUGAAGGCAGUAAGCUGAUGAUGUUUAGGUUGUAUGUUAUGGUUGGUACAACUAUUGGUAUGUUCUUGCCGUUGGCUUAUGUUUUAGGUGGUUUUGCUAGAGGUGAUGACCAUGCACUGCGUUGUGCUACUCCUGCAUUGUUUUUAUUGUCUUUUCAGAUACUGACUGAGAAUAUUAUAAGUGGGUUUUCUUUGUUUUCUCCGCCUAUUAGAGCUUUGGUUCCGUUGUUGUAUACUGUUAGAAGGAUUUUUGUUAUCACUGAUUGGAUUCAAGAUGUUUGGGUUAAUAAGACUCUACCUGUUAACGCUCAAAUGACGGAUGUGGCGUGGUAUUGGUUUGGAAAGUGCUUGGCAGUAGCAAAUUUGGUGUAUUUCUCAAUCAAUCUGUUUGGGUUUCUGCUUCCUCGAUUUCUACCAAGAUCAUUUGAGAUGUAUUUUAGACAACGGGAUGAGAUCCACUCAAAAUUAUCUGAAGACAAGGCAAGGACAGUUGCAGCAAAAACAUCAUCAUCAGCGAAUAAUCAAACUAAGAAAGGUGAUUAGUAGUAUAUUGGGGUAUGAAGACGUCAUGAUUGGGGUCUUGUAUUGUAGGUUUGUAGCACCGAAGUUGCAUUGAAUAAGCAACAAUUUUUGGCUGUGACUACGCAUGGUUGUUGGCUUUUUGCUAUAUAAAUAUGUGGUGAUGUACGAAUUCCUCAACGUCUUCUUUUUCGUGUUUAUGUGGAAACUAGUCAUUUUAUCA